AUGGUGGGGGGCAACCAAGAAACAGCCACAUCCACCCUUCAUUCCUACCUCACCCCUGUCCCCUUUGCUCUCCACAGGUUUGACAUCUACAGGAAGGUGCCCAAGGACCUUACGCAGCCAACGUACACUGGGGCCAUUAUCUCUAUCUGCUGCUGCCUCUUCAUCCUCUUCCUCUUCCUCUCGGAGCUCACCGGAUUCAUAACGACAGAAGUGGUGAACGAGCUCUAUGUCGAUGACCCGGACAAAGACAGCGGUGGCAAAAUCGACGUCAGCCUAAACAUCAGUUUACCCAAUCUGCACUGCGAGCUGGUCGGGCUGGACAUACAGGAUGAGAUGGGCAGGCACGAGGUGGGCCACAUCGACAACUCCAUGAAGAUUCCGCUGAACAAUGGCGCAGGCUGCCGCUUCGAGGGGCAGUUCAGCAUCAACAAGGUCCCGGGCAACUUUCACGUAUCCACACACAGUGCCACAGCCCAGCCACAGAACCCGGACAUGACCCAUGUCAUCCACAAGCUCUCCUUUGGGGACACACUACAGGUCCAGAAUGUCCACGGAGCUUUUAACGCUCUCGGGGGAGCAGACAGACUCACCUCCAACCCCCUCGCCUCCCACGACUACAUCUUGAAGAUUGUGCCCACGGUUUACGAGGACAUGAGUGGCAAGCAGCAGUACUCUUACCAGUACACAGUGGCCAACAAGGAGUACGUAGCCUACAGCCACACAGGCCGCAUCAUCCCCGCUAUCUGGUUCCGCUAUGACCUCAGCCCCAUUACCGUCAAGUACACGGAAAGACGGCAGCCUCUGUACAGGUUCAUCACCACGAUCUGUGCCAUUAUUGGUGGGACCUUUACUGUGGCUGGCAUCCUGGACUCCUGUAUCUUCACAGCUUCGGAGGCCUGGAAGAAAAUCCAGCUGGGCAAGAUGCAUUGAUGACCCUCCCGGCCCAAUGACUGAGGACCAGGGGGACCUGGGAGCCCACCAGCCCUGCCUCCAGUGCCCUGUCUGCUCCUGCCCUCUAUCUGGCCCAGGAUCUGGCUGUGUCCCAAAAUGGGAGUGGGGAUAGCAAAGGGGUGGCUCAAGAAUCACAGCUACCUCUUCCCCAUGUUUAAUUUUAACAAAUUACCUGGCCUAAAGUCAUGGUGCCCCUUUCGCAAGGGAGCCUGAGACCAGAGGCAGGUUGGGGGAGGCUCAGGGAUGUUGGGACCACUCCUGAAAGAGCUGUCCCUUCCCUCUUAGGAGGACAGCCCAGAAUCCAUGUGAACCAGCUCUCAGCCAGGCUUUGACAAUCUCGCAGCUCCCCACCAUUUGGAUGUACUAAUCACGUGGUUCCACCCUCUACCCCGGGCAGUGUAGCCUCAGCCUGGGCUCUCAGCCCUGGACCAGGCUGCCUAAAGGUACUUCCUGCCUGGCCCCUUCAGUGAAGGAUGUACUUCCCAGGCAAGCCCCUGAGAGGCGUCAGAGAGGCAGACAGACCCUCGUUCUUGCUCCAUUCCUUCCUGCCCAAGCCAGAACCCAAGACUCAAGUCUUUCUCCCCAACUCCUUUUUCUCUCAAGAAGCAGAUGGCCAGGUGCUGGGCAGCCUAAGUGGAGACGUAAGUCUACCCACUGGUCACUGGGUGGGUCUGGAUUCGCCUUCCUUUCUUCACCUUAUUCCUCUAAGCCCCCCACCAAUGUGCCUCAGCCCCCGUGCUGUGUGGCAACAGCAUCUUGGGUGGAGGGCUGGUUGUGACUAGGAGCCCUCCUUUGAGUACGAGGCAUGGUCUUUGUACUUAAAUCUAGAUGGGAAGCAUCCUUCUCCACAGCCCUCAAAUCAUAUGACCACCCCUGGGAAGUCAAGCUGCCACCAGCCCCAGGGCCUUGGUAGGGGAAGCAAAGCAGACCCAUCUGCUUCUCUCUUUGUACAUCUUAACUUUCUAGGCUCCUGAGGGCUGCACAGCCCUUGAACAUCUCCACAGCCCCGAGGUGACCCACUUGUCAUUGAGUUCCCCCAGCAGCUGCCACAUGCCAAUAUGUUCCUGUCCCUGGGGCACGGGUUCUUGCGUGUCCCAUUGCUCCUGAGUUGGGUCCUGUUCUGCAGCUCCCCCUCAUUCUUCCCUGAAGUCUUGAAGGGAGGGCAGUGGUCCAGGCAUGAAUUCCACCCAGGGAAUUUUAGGUAUGCCCUCCUGUCCCAGUGAGCCACCCGCCUGUUUCCAUUUAUAUCAAGAUUGUUUGCAUACUUUUAUAAUUAAGAAGAAUGUCCAGUGGAAGGAUUUUUAAAAUUAUCUGAAUGGAUAGCUCAAGUCUCUGCCAUUUAUAAUUUUUGGCUCUAAGUUCCAAUUAGAAAAUCUUCCCCUUCUGCAUCUGAGUCGACUGAUGAUGUGAGUGUAAACUGCAUUUGGUUAUUUCUGAUGUCUGUGACCACUUGAAUGGAUAUUUUCCCCGUUACAUUCUGUUCCUCAAUUACAAAAAGGAGUCCCUUUGGUGUAUGAAUAUCUGUGCCUGUAGAGGGUGGGCAGGGUGGGGUGGGGACAUGUGUGGCAUGCACAUGAGUUGAAAUUUCACUUUAUGCAUUUAAAAAAAAAACUGACAUGGGGAUGUUUCCUAUUGGAAUAGACACCUCCGGCCCAUUAUUCUUAUAAACCAAAAUCUCAAGGGAAAAAAAUGUUUUUGUUCUUUCCCAUUUCAUUGGGUUCAAAUAGAUUAAAAGGCUGAUUUUCA